GUAUCAAAAAGCCAGUUUGUGUGGUUUCUGGGGCUAAAUAUCUCAGUGACGAUGGGUGGACAGAUUUGCGAAACCCACUGGAUACUGACGUUCCAUUUAGGAUGUUUAGGGAUGAAGGAAGAACAUAUUUACAGUGGGUCGGAGAACCAGACUUGAGGAUAAAAAUGUCUGGAAGAAUGAUUAUGGUCUACUUGAUGUGUAGAGAACUAUCAACUGACGUUUCCCCAAGUACCAUUCAGCAACUCUUCACACCUUGCGUUGCUUUUCGAAUAGUUGGAUCUCCUUCAAAGUUUCAGAGCAAUGUUACAGAAGUUGCUUUUAUUCCCGAGGCUCAUUCUAAACAAGAAAGUACCAGUGGAGAUUCUCUGAGUGUUUCGAAUAUGUUGCUAUUGGUAUAUCAUCAGUACUUCUUGGACUAAUCUACGUAGCUUCUGUAUUUCUGUACCUCCAUCUA